AUGGACCCGUCUUCCCCGCCCUCAGACGGAUCUCGUCGUAACUCCCCCCGGCCACCAGUUACAACUUCCUCGUCUGGCCUGUCACAUAGGCCUCGAGUCAGCAGUCCAGCAUCUAGCGUCGAUACCCAUGCAGGUGGGGGAACUGGCGCUGGAACGACGCCGAUUCCAGACGAGGAACAUGGUGCCGAUAUGCCGCUGACGAUGUCCGCUUCGGUCGUCCUGACGGGCCUUCCGCGGGAUGCCCACCAGGCUCUGGCUGACGCAGAAGCUGUAGAUACAGGGAAAGUGACCGUCCGAUUCCAACCUUUACCAUCGGCACCGAUCCUCAAGAACCGCGUGUUCAAGAUUAGUGCCUCUCAGAAGUUCGAGACAGUCGUCAAAUUCCUUCGGAAAAAGCUGGAUUGCAAAGACACCGACUCCGUCUUCUGCUAUGUCAAUAGCGUCUUUGCUCCGAGUCUGGACGAAGGCGUAGGAGGAUUGUGGAGAUGCUUCAAAACUGAUGACCAACUCAUUGUUUCGUAUUCGAUGACGCCGGCAUUUGGCUAG